UUGAUAGUUAUUAUCUCACAAAGUCACAUUUCUUCUUGAUUCAAAUUUCCUUUAACGAGUCUUCUGAGAUAAUAACGGUUAGUUGAGUAACUAUCUGAGAAAUCACCUCGUAAUGGGGCUGGGGUGUUAUAUUCAUUUGUUUUGAUCCUUCAUGUGUUUCUAAUUGCUUUCUCCUUCCAACAGAUCAUAUGUUACAUCAACCCUGUAAAGAAGAAUUCAGUGACUGGCCUAUUGAGCUUCUAGCUAUUGGGACAUUUGGAAAUAAUCAGAGUCUGAAAGAUCCAGGGAAAUUGAAUCAUCAGUCUUCACAUUCUGAUCAUCUAGAAGAACUUACACCUGAAGAAGUUGGAGAACUUCAUAAAGAAUUUAAGCUACUUCUUUGUGAACAAAUUCCUUCUACUUCCCCUGAUUUGUCUAAGGGUUCAACGAAGGAUCUCGAGAAAUUCUUUGACUGCUUACAAAACUUAGAAGAUGAUAGAAAAGGUUCAGGAAAUAAAGAGAGUCAUCUCAAGCACAGUUACAGUGUUGCAUGUGGCAAAGGACAAGAAGCUCAAUUGGAAAACACAACCAGUGGCAUUAUUGGCAAAAAAUCAGCGUCUUAUUUCCUCAAGAAGGCAUUUCUCUACAGAGGUGGACUCACAGCCCCUCCACCUCCUCUCUUGAGAGAUCCCAUUUCACAGUCAAAGUUUGAGAAAUUAAGAUUGGAGAAGAUUCUGAGGGCUAUCCUGCACAAAAAGAUAGUUCCACAAGCAUCCAGUACAAGGGCUACCAUGAAAAAGAAGUACUUGGACAAACGAAAUGUGCUUGAAACUGAUGGUGAAGAUGAAGAAUUUGAAAGUGUGAAGGACAGAAACAAAUGGGACAACUCUGAUUCUGAAUGUAAGUUUUAUUAUGAACCCUAACUCUUCAUUUACUCUUUACAUUAACAUGACUAGGCAUGCAAGAAGAUCUUAGGACAAAAUCAGAUUCUGAAUGUAAGUUUAAUCAGGGUGUAAUUCCUUUUUCUACUAAAUACUUCAAAUAAACAAGGACUUGCAAGAACCUUUUGUGCAUUGAUAAACACCUAAAUACAUGAAACCUUUUACUUGUGGCCAACAAUUGUUUGAUGAUGUUAACUUUGUUCAUUUCUUGUGUUUGCAUUCAUUGCACUAGAGAUAUAAUUGACCUCUUCCACAGCCAUUUCUUGGAAAGAUGAGGUAACACUAAACUAGAUAAGUUGCAUCUCAUCGGUCAUUACUCGUCCAAACUUCUCACCGUGAGUUUAUAACUUUUUGCAGAUUCAAUUCUGUUCCUUUUGGCUCGACAAACUCCACUUCUUCUAAGAUUUUGGUAUAUGUGAAUAAUUUGCCACUGCAUGAUAUGGAAGAGUUGACAGGCACCAUCCAGUGACAAGAAUAAACUUUCAUUCACUGAGAUUUUUGCCAUAGCUUAUGCUUUUGCCAUGGUUGUACGUUUAUGGGACUCGGCACACUUCAUGCUGAAGUUUUUUCAAGAGGAGAGAAAAAUAAAGGGUGUACUUUUAAAUUGAAUAUUUAGCAGAUCUAAUAAAGGGUGGGCUUUUUUGAUGCAGCAGAGAUGGUAGUCUUUACAUUUACUGUUGGUCUAGUCACUAGUGUUAUUUUAACAGGCCUUCCGUCCAUGUUCUAUUUAACUCAUAGAUAUAUAUUGUAUGGAAGUAUAAGACAGAAGCUGUACAUCGAGAGUAUCUGCAAUGGUAAUCUGAAAACAAUGAACUAUAGAGAGAAAAAGUUGAAAAUGCAUUAUAUUACAUGGUCUCAAGAAUGAUAAUGCAUCAGAUCCGAGUGUGUGUAUAAUUUUUCAUAUGGGUACUUUCAUUUUUCUACUAACAUUUAGUGCAUGUUGAAAAAUCCGCGCCCAUGUCACACCAGUUCAAAAAUGCAAGUGAAAGCAAAGGAAGGGUCCAUGUAACAUAUAAAACGUGUAACGAAAGCUCCUUCGUGCUCCUAUAUCUGAGUUUUGUUUAUCUAGAGGUCUUAAUUUUUUACUUUUACAGAAAAUCCUUUUGGGUUCGAGGCUUCGCUGCAACAAAUGAACUGUAGGCAGCAUUCAUCUCAGGGAGUUGAAAGUGCCACAUUCCUUUGUAACAUGCCUUCAUAAGAUUCUGCUGCGUAGAGCUCAUGCGUUGAUCAUUAGUUGGAGAACUCAAAACAGCUUUUUGUACCCUUUUUUUCUCCCUACCAUAAAUUGAACCUCCUGGGCUAACCAAUUGCUAAGUUAAAUUUGUAUCUCUUCUAUCCUCCUUAUGGCUUCCUUCAUGUCGAUUCUCUUAUCAUGGUCGCUCUCAGUGCAUGCAGCUCCUAUAUGAAGAAACUUCUCCAUCAUUUCAAGGGAAUCCUUUGCUGUUGCUAUCUGUGGAUCAAUCAAUUCUGAUGCUCUAUUCUCUUCAAUUGCUGACCGCGCCCAUUGCACAACAUCAGUUCCACACUUUUGGUUGCUGAGAUAUUGUGACGGGAAUUUCCCGGUAAGGAUUUCAAGAAUUAUGAUUCCAAGACAAUAGACAUCACUUUUUGGAGAGAUUUGUUGGUUUAGUAUGGCUUCUGGGGAUUUAUAAGCAAAAAGAGAUUGGAGAGCUUGCGAAUUGUUGAGUAGUGGGUAAAAGGCAUAAUCUGUGAGAAGUGGUUCAUUAUUUGCAGUAAGAAGAAUGUUGCUAGACUUAAGGUUCCCAUGAGGCACAUCAUAUGAUGCAAACUCUGAAUGAAGAAAUUUCAUUCCACUGGCAACUCCCUGGAUGAUUUUAACGCGAGUAGGCCAAUUUAGCUGAGCAUGUGCUAUCCCCCGAUCACCUGAGAAUUUUAGAUGACAUCUCACAAGAUAAAAUAAAAAACAUUAAGAGUUUAUAUUAAAGAAGCAGCUCCCAAAUCGGCAUGUUAAAUACUUAAAUAUAUAUUGUGAAUAUUACUUCCAGGCAUAUUAGGGACCAAUUUUGGAACUUCAGAAGCAACUGUAAUUAUUCAACACUCUAAAGUUGCACUGUUUCAUAAAUUGUUCAAACAUGUAAACUUGCACUCUUUCUAUUAUUUUUUAUUUUUUUUGUUGGGGUGAGGGUCAAUGACAAGAAUGGAAAUGUUUUGGGCUAUCUAAGAGCAUUUUUAUGAAUUAUGUAAUCCCGAGACUUUAAAAAAGUCGUUUCAAGGGAAAUUGUUUAAGAAUAUCAGCAGACUAUUUGAUAAACAUAAAUGAUAUCCCAUAUGCACAUUAAAAAGAAAGAAAGAAAAAGCUAGCAUAUUGUCAGUAUGGGCUGUUUUAAUGGACUCCUUAACCAUUCAACAUGACAGAGCCA